CAAGCCCCGAAUCUCCUCUUUGUUUUGUGUCAACACAACUCACAAACAAACAAGAACACAAAACUGGCCUAGCAAAACUCCCAUUUUUCCCACAAGUUAAAUUAAAUUACCCAUUUGGAUAAUUCAUAUCCUUGAAACCCUAAUUUAAACCCAUCAUCUUCACCAUUUUUCUGCUCUACUCACACAGCUUUGCACCUGUAAUCCCUGCCUCAUCUUUAUCUUCUGUUAAGUUCAUUGAAUAUAGACGGUUUGUUGCAUAUAUUAUCAAGCUGAUUUGAAAGAUUUAAUGCUGGUAUCUGAAUAGAUCUUCAUGCUGAUUUGAAAGAUUUGAUGCUGGUUUCUGCAUAGAUCUUCAUGGUGAUUUGAACUUUUGAAGCAUUUGAUGCUGGUUUUAGCACCGAUCUUUAUAUAUAAAGAUUGAAGCAUUGGUGUAUUAUUAUUAUAUUUAUGGAUAAGUUACAGUGGGGAAAUAGAAAGAGGCUGAGAUGUGUAAAAGUGAAAGAAUCAGAUGGAAAUGGAAUUGUUGUGCAGAAAAAAAUCACUUCUCAACGUGUUGAUCGGAGGGUUGUAAAUGAACAAGAUUCUCAUCAUCAUUCUCUUCAUUCUUCAUCUUCUCAAAGUCUCAACAGGAAGGCGAUGUCAGCAUUAUCGUCACCCGAAAAGGAAGAUCGAUAUUACACGACACGCGGAUCAACCGGUGUCGGGUUUGACGAGAGUAGCAGCAGCAAGAAAGCGUUAACAAUGGAGCCGAAGAAAGAGAGUAAAAAGACCGUUUGGCCCCGACUGUACACUACAUUAUCAAGCAAAGAGAAAGAAGAAGACUUUAUGGCCAUGAAAGGGUGUAAACUACCUCAAAGACCUAAAAAAAGAGCCAAAACCAUUCAAAGAACCUUGCUUUUGGUAAGUCCAGGUGCAUGGUUAUCUGAUCUAUGUCAAGAAAGAUAUGAAGUUAGAGAGAAGAAGACUUCAAAGAAGAGGCCCAGAGGAUUAAAGGCAAUGGGAAGCAUUGAAAGUGAUUCAGAAUGAGAUUUGGGAUAAAAGAUAUUGAAUUUGAUUGGUUUUUUUAAGGGGUUGGUAAAAGUUUGAAUGAGAAAACUCUAAUCUUUGAGUUUUGGAUAAAUUUGUUUGGUUAUUUUAAUAUUGUGUUAAUUUAAUAUUCGCUUUAAUAAAUUGUAAUUAAUAUUUUGA